AUGAGCCAGCUAAUGUCGCUAGUGGAAGAUACCAUGAAGGCAAGCAAGAAGGAGGAGCCAGCUGGCACCAUGGAGGGUGCCGCUGAUCGCGGCGAUACUAGGGAGAGCGCCGCCGCGGAGUCCACGAACGUCGAAGGAGAAGCACCGUGGACCGGGCGUGCGCAGGACGGGAGAAAGAGGUCAAGAGAAGAGCUCGUGGCCCUGAGGACGCGAGUUAGCUCGCUGACGGAUCAGAUGAGCCAGCUAAUGUCGCUAGUGGAAGAUACCAUGAAGGCAAGCAAGAAGGAGGAGCCAGCUGGCACCAUGGAGGGUGCCGCUGAUCGCGGCGAUGCUAGGGAGAGCGCCGCCGUGGAGUCCACGAACGCCAAAGGAGGGGAACCGUGGACCGGGAGUGUGCAGGACGGGAGGUACCUGCGCGAACCUGUUCGAGAGUCUGGCCCGUCAGGGCGACACAGCGGCGAAGCAGGGGGCUUUGUCCCCCAAGAGGUGAGAGUAGCCGCUGCUCACAAUCAAAAUUAUAGUAGCGCCAUGGUGGUGCUGCUGUUGGCUUUGGAUACGGAGCCACAACCCCACCGACGGGGUACCAAAGUGUGCGGUACACUUCUCCUCCGUUCAGCGGGAAAUCGAAAGAUUUCAACGAAUGGGUAAAUGAUUUCCGCAUGGCAGCUAAUGGCGCAAACCUGUUGGAACAAUUUGAAGAGAGCGGGAGCUUGGAGAUCCCCGUCAACACCGGAAAGAGCAAGUUUUCGCUGUCACAGCAGUACCGGAGCGAGCAAGUAGAGCUCGCAUUCCCGCGUGGAACUUCCUGUCUCACGCGUUGAAAGAAAAGAUCGGAAAGUCAUGAAGAAGGCAGAGACGCCCCAGGGAGCUCUUCGUGAGCUCAAGACCAUACACGAUCCUGAAUCAUCUGUACAGCCGUCAGAGGACCUCAAGUCCCUGACGUCGACCAAGAUCUCUAGAGGUGAAAAACCCCCAAACGCCCUAAAUGAGAUGCUCCAAACCGCAAAGUCCUUAACCGACCGAGAAAGGACUAACUGUCAACGAAACGUUCGUCCUUCACCUCUUCCUGGAUGCCCUUUCGGACGAGUAUGCCAUGACAAAGCACAACCUGCGAC